AUGUUUGAGCCGCCCCGUUCUGACGCCCCGCUCCGGCUUUUUCUUUCUGCUUUUUUUUUGGCGGAAAGGUGCGAGUACGUGAGCCGCCUGGGCGUCUUCAAGAACAAUGAGCACGUCAUCGUGACCACGAUCCUUGACCUGACGAAAGCCUUUUUCGGCGGAGGAGGCGUUGGGGACGCGGGCGGGGACCGGGGACCAACAGGAGGGGGAGAGGUGGCGGUUAAGCAAGCCCUGGAAGACUACGUGAAGACGGCCUCUUUCGUGCUGCUGAGGCUCAAGAUGAGGCAUCACUACGGGGGGGACGGGUCUUCGGGGUUGACCCCGGGCGGGGGUUUCAAGUUUUUCUGCAUGUACGCCUUCCUCGACAAGUUCGUCGAACAGUGUCCACAGGUGGAUCGGAGCGUCCUGGAAGAGUUCAUCCCGUACGCGCUCAUGCACGCCGGCUACCUCGACAUGAGCCGCUCAGCUUUGAUAUGAGAUUAACAUGUUGAGCAGGCCUCGCUCCCGUCCCUGCCGUUGCAAGUCGGUUGGCUGGCGCUAUGCAGCGUUUUCUAGAAAGUAUGUCUUGCUGCUAGGCUGCGUUCUCUCAAUGCAAGCGGGUGCCACGAGGCUUGAGCCUCCCCAGGUGUAUGUACUGGGCGGCUUCGAGACCACACACCGUGUGUCUCUCGUAACCCUCGUGUGCGAAAAAGCCCUCUUUUUGUGUGUACAAGCUCCUUUUUUUUUUUCCGUGCUCUUUUGUUUUGGGUCAAGAGUAGCUCGGUCAGCGUGUGGCUGUAUCGCGUUUGUUUGACGUCAUGGACAGCAGUCAAGGCCCGGACGGUCUAGGCGCAGUACCGCUGUGCUAGAAAGCUUUCCAAAGGUAGCACUCACUCGUGCUGGCAGCUAGCUGACCGCUCGCAGCCCUUCCUUCUGGCCGUGCUCGGUGCCGUGCGCAUCGGAGCGUUUUCCGGUAAGGUUCAGAGAUCUGCACGCGAUGUUGCGUGAGAACGCUCAAAAUGGAAACCCUUUAUUUAUGCUCCGGUGUAAUCCUGCAACAUCGACCGUAUCUGUCGGAGGUUCUUGGUUGCAAGUUUAAUGUACUUGUGUUGUAAAUCGAAUGGACGCGGACGAUGGUUUGUCGUAAUUUUUUCCGGGCAGCGCUUGGAUGGAGGGAGACUUGUCGGAGACGGGGUUGGUCCGUCCGCAUUUAAUGCACCACUUCCCAAUUCACGAGAGAACUCGGGCGCACUUUGAAACCUGAAAGGCAUGACGUGGGUUAUUGCGUUGGCCGUCCCCGCGAGCCUCCCUUGCCCAAUUUUCGAGGCCAUUUCUUGGUUUCGGAUCGAAAGGCGUGUAUUGGUGCGGUAAGUACCUGACCUCUGAUUUAUUUUCAUCCUGUCGAGAUACCUGCCCCUUGCACCGUUCUCUCUCUCCCUCUCUC